GCUCCACUUUUCUUUUUCUCACCUUGAAGAACAAAGAACCUAUCAUCACAAGCAAAAACAGAAAAAAGAAAAACCCGAGUUGAGUUUCGUCGAAUCGGAAAUGGCGCAAGCAAUUCGAAACGCGAAAGUGCCUCCAAACUCAGUGAAUCUGGAAGAAGCGCGUCAACGAGUCUUCGAGUUCUUCAGAAGCGCUUGUAGAUCGUUACCUACCGUCAUGGAAGUUUACAACCUGUACGACGUUGCUACUAUCUCCCAGCUUCGUUCCACCAUCGCCGCCGAGAUCCGCAAAAACGACCACAUCACAAAUCCCAAGGUAAUUGAUUUGCUGCUUUUCAAGGGGUUGGAAGAGUUGAAGAAUGUUGUAAACCAUUCAAAGCAAAGGCACCAUAUAGUUGGUCAAUACGUGGUCGGCAGGCGUGGACUGGAGCAGCAGGAGUUGGCUGCAAAAGAGCAGGGCAUCUCUAAUUUCCUGAAGAAUUUCUACAACAGCAAUUACUCUUGAAGUUUUGAUAAUGGACAUGUUUUCUGUUUCCAAAAAUAAAGAAUUAUCUUAAUUGUUAUGUGCAUCAAUGCAAGAUGAAGUUAAUACUGUUUGUUUCAGAUCAAACUGUUACUUUCAUUAUUAUUCAUGGCUUAAUUUGAGAACAUGAUGUUUUGCUUAA